CACGACUAUGUCUUUCAUGAUGGUCCCGUAUCCUGUGGGCCCGCACAAGAAAUCCCUCCUAACUUGCCGGGCCCUUUCUAUAAUUGGUACGAUGGGCUAUCCUCGUCGCGGGUGAGAGACGCACAUGAUCUCGUCAAGGACGUCAUUGAAGACGAUGGCCCCUUUGACGGAGUCAUUGGCUUUAGUCAGGGAGCGUCGCUCGCCCUCUCAAUCCUCUACCACCAUGAGAUAUGUCAUCCCGACCGUCCGCCGCCGUUUCGCUUUGCGAUCUUCUUCUGCGCCGUGCUCUCCAUUUCGCCGGAUCCGAUGUUUAACGCGGACAUUGUUGCCAAGUACUCCCGGUACUAUAAACAGGUAAAGCAUGAUGAAGAGAGGGAGAAAGAUAAGGCAACAAUGGAGGAGCUCGGGCGAGGAGUUUUCCUCCAGGACGAUAAUAGAGCUGCCGCGACGCACAAGCUAUCGCGUCUCAAGAACCACCGCGCGAUUCUACUACUCCCAGGCCAAAAGGCAGCGCUAGUAAAGGAGAUACUCGCACUCGUCCGCCAACUGGUGGACAACAGCGCAGAACACGAUCAUGCAGCGAAAACGCAAUGGAAUACCCGCGGCGGGGUGGAGGGCUUCCCGCGCGUGUAUCACCCCUUGGUCAACAUGCAGCGGAUAUCCAUUCCGACUGUCCACAUCAUCGGCCGGUCAGACCCGCUGCGGCCGCAUAGUGAGUUGCAGGCGAGGCUUUGCAGUAAGGGAUUGACUCGCGUUGUGGAGUUUGAGGGCGUGCAUAAGGUGCCUCAUCGGAUGAAUGACGUGCAGGCGGUGCUGAAGGCUGUUGAGUGGGCUAUGCGGAUGGCGCAG